CAUUCAAAACAGCGCAGAAGUGUACACAGCAAUAAGCAAAAGUUCGUAUACGCAAUUUUGUUGACAGGGGAAAGGUUUGCGAGUGCGACAGUAUUUUGUUUAAUGAAUUGCUAGACCUUAGAUUUUCGUUCAUCUAGCUCAAGCCAGUUGGAAUAGUUUUUUUUUUCUUUCGGCACGGUAUCUGGUCGGAGAAUGUCGAAAGUGUACAAUGCUAUAAUCACUUCCACGGACCGUUUUGUGCCCAACGCUCUUCGUCCACUUUGGAAUCAUGCUGCAGGACCUAAAACAAUAUUUUUCUGGGCACCAGUAUUCAAAUGGGGUCUGGUCGUUGCUGGAUUGAGUGACCUUCGCCGUCCCGCCGACCAACUGUCCGUGUCGCAAGCGGCUUCGUUAGCUGCCACCGGUUUGAUUUGGUCCCGCUAUUCGCUGGUGAUCAUUCCGAAAAACUACGGUCUUUUUUCGGUGAACCUGUUUGUGGCAAUCACCCAGCUGGCCCAACUGUACCGUGCUUGGGACUUUUCCCGAAAACAUCCAGCCCAGAUUGAGGAUAAAAAACCAGAUCUGUAACCGCACGCUGGUACUGUUUGGUAAUUGGCAAAAUAUCCAGCCGGUUUCGGAUAGUCGUUAGUUUUCGGUCGCAAGUUAUCUGUUUUUGUUACAGACUAAUUAUGAACGACUUUCCAAAACAAAGCUAGUGCCAUUCACCAACGUAGAUUGUCGAGAUUUCUAACGAAAACUGUUGAAAUUCCUCCGAAGUAAAUGCGGCUCAUUUUCAAAAAGCUUUGCGAUACAAAUCUGGUCCUUCGAAGAAGGUGAUUUAGUACAAUAUAACAAUUUAAUACAUGAUUUAAAACUUUUGGGGUACGAAUACGGGUUGGUAUGAUGUAAUGUUUCGUUAUUGGGUUCCAGUAAGAAUUGAUCUGUCUGUUUAGAGAUGUAUUUUGUGACAGAUUGAUCGAAAAUAAAACAUAUAUGAGUGAGUUUAAUCAUGUAACUA